AUGGACAAAGAAAGAAAAGACAAUCGUGAGUGUAUCUCCAUCCACGUGGGACAGGCCGGAGUCCAGAUCGGCAACGCCUGCUGGGAGCUGUACUGCCUGGAGCACGGCAUCCAGCCCAGUGGCCAUAUGGAGGACCUCAAGUACGCCACUAACAACGGAGACGAGAGCUACAACACCUUCUUCAGCGAGACCAGCAUGGGGAAGCACGUGCCUAGGGCUAUCUACGUGGAUCUCGAACCUAGCGUUGUUGACGAGGUUCGAACCGGGCCCUACCGUCAGCUGUUCCACCCAGAGCAGUUGGUGAACGGCAAGGAGGAUGCCGCCAACAACUACGCCCGGGGUCACUACACGGUGGGGAAGGAGAUUGUGGACCUGGUGAUAGACCGGAUACGGAAGAUGGUAGGUGUGGGGGUCACAGGAGGCGGCGACUUGGCCCAGGUCCAGAGAGCUGUGUGUAUGUUGAGUAACACCACGGCCAUUGCCGAGGCCUGGGCCAGGCUUGACCACAAGUUUGACCUCAUGUACGCCAAGAGAGCCUUCGUGCACUGGUAUGUCGGGGAAGGUAUGGAGGAGGGUGAGUUCGCCGAGGCCCGUGAAGAUCUGGCGGCUCUGGAGAGAGACUAUGAGGAGGUGGGCCUGGAGAGUACGGAGGAGGGGGCGGAGGAGGAUGAGGACGGGGAUGAGUACUAGCGGAGUCGACACUCGGACUGGUACCCCGACCCGACUCCCUCUCCCUACACCCAGUUGUCCAGUCUCCAAACCCUCUU